GAAACAAACAGCCCCUAAAUGUACAAAUGUGUUAGCUCAUUUGAAUUCUUUUUUUUCGGAAAGAAUACCUAGGGAAAAAUAGAUACUCCGUUCCGGGUCAAAAUGCAGUAGCCCAAGCUUAAUCUUUUAGUGUGGCGACUGGCGAGGCAGGGUUCAGUACCCGAACAGUGGCUCUUCCCGCCGCUUGAAUUUCCCCACAGGGGUUGGGGAAUCUACGAUAAUAUUAAUGGAUCCUGAAGGUAGAAAAUUUGGAAGAGGUAUACCAUAAGACAACUCAUUCACAUAAUGUACUUAUGUACGUGGUUGUUUGCUUGUUGGCAGUAACAUCUUUAUUGACAAUUUUGGCUUAUGCAUCUAUAUUUGGUUUUACUGUUAGUAAUGACUACUUUGUUUCUAUUGGAUGGGCUUGUUACAUGUCUUAAUUUAUGCUUUUUGGGGAUAGUCUGCCAACUAUGGCUGUGUUUGGCGUUUUGAUUGGUAAGUGCUUAUUGCUUCUCAUAUUACAAUUUGGCAUGGCUAACAUUCAAGUUUAUUGCUUCUCCGAUCAUAGUUUGAUGCAUAUUGCUUCUCCAAAUGACAAUUUGGCAAAACAUCGAUUUGAUGCUGCAAAAACUUAUUAGUCACCGAAUAAGCAAAAACUCAGUGCUUAUUGAAUAAGCAGAAACUUAUUGCUUACUGAAUAAGCUGAAACUUAAUGCUUAUUGAAUAACAAACAUGCAUGCUCUAUUUGAUUUUUCCUUUAUUGUAGAUUCUGCUUAAUUCUAACUUCUGGAAAAGUUUGCUUAGAACUGAGUGCUUGUGUUCUAUCCCUUUCCUGAGUUACUGAACAUGGCUAACAAACUCUACACCUUCACAUAUGAUUUUUUACAGCCAAACUCUGUUUCUUCAUUGCAAAGUACUCCGUAUUAAUAUUCUUGGUAUCUGUGCUUUGCAUUUCACUGUUAUCAGAGCUUCACGUUAAUAGUUUGGUUCAUGAGGUUUAAAUCAGUGAUAAAGUGACAUUAGAGCUUCAGUGAUGCUUCUGAUAUGAAGCAGAUCAGUUGAUGCAUUUUUAAUACUACCAGCUCUAACACAAGCUUCCCAUUCCAUUUUCCCUUUUCUUUAUUCACUGUUCUUUAAAUGUCUUUUAUAUUGACCUUUUCUUGUCAUCCAUUGUUAGUUGAUAAAAGUGGUUUCUAUGAGAUGAAAUAGUCUCAUUUGCCCUGAUAAAACAUACGAGUAAUUUGAUUUUUAGUCUUGAUAUCAAAGGGGUUACCAAUAUGUGUUCUCUGUGGACCGCACAAAAGAAGCAAAGUUGAUCUCUAUACUAGUGUUCGGUGAAACAAGGCCUCCCCUUUAUCAUGUACCACAAGUAUAUUUAUAUGGUCCUGCACUCAUAAUACAUAAAAGGUCAAGGUACAUAUUUAUUUCUUGCAAGAAAUUGAGCAGUUGAUGUUGCACUUGGUGAUCGUGGUCUUAAACCUCUGAGAGUACAUGCCCUUGAUAGAGGUUGAUGCUUUUCUUCACUUCUCACACAACAUGUUACCAUUUGAUGUUGCUUUCUAGGAAACAACCUCCUCAACUCCUUGGAGUGGAGGUAUGGUCCACGUUCAUCUUACCCCUUGACCCUACUCUUGAGUGGGAUAUGCUGGGCUAGUUUGGUUUGGGUCGAUAAUAAAUGAAGAUGUGUUAAUAAGGAGGGAGUUCAUUGCAGUAUAAAGCCAUAUAUCAAGUUUUGCAGGGCCUAGAGAGCUUGGAGGUUCAAUUGACCUUAUAAAUCAUUAUAACCUCGAGCGGUUUCAUGAGUAUUUCUGCAAGAGGACCCUCCCAUCCUCAAUCUCCAAAAGCCAAUACCUUAACAACGUGGCGGGCAAUCGGGAAAUUAAGAAAGGAGAAGGGAUGGAACUUGAUCAGCUUGUCCAAAAUCCCGCUAGUGUGAGACGUAGACAAGAACCUCUUCGUCCUUUUCAGUUAGACAUACUCAUGGAUGCUUUUCUGCUCAGAGGAUCUACUUCCUUAAACCAGUCUCCUUUUUUGGGUCACCAGGAGAAGAAAAAGGCUUCUACAGGAAAAAUGUCAAAGUUGAUGAAGCAUAAGAAGCUUAAGCACAAAAAGUUAGGGGCCAUUACUCAGUGGUAAAAUUUUUCUUUUAGUAAAUUUAUAUUGAAUUU